UUCGGUUCUCCCUCUAGAUAAAAGCGGGCUUGAUUUUUUGUUGGUCCUUCGUGUUCCCUUCAACUUCUUUUCCGCCUUCUGUGACACAACUCGCUCAUUAGUCCUCAUCAUGUCUGACACCGAGAAGGCCAUGGAUACCCAGAACCACAUCCAGAACUAUGAGGGGCGGGCGCACUUCAAUGCACCUCCUCCCCAAAUGCGUAUCGCCAACCCUGGUGCACUAGGGUUGUUCUCUUUCGCGUCCACGACAUUUAUUCUUUCUCUAUACAAUGUCGGCGCGCGCGGAAUUGCUGUCCCUAACGUUGUCGUCGGUAUGGCAUGCUUCUGUGGUGGUCUCGCCCAGCUUCUCGCUGGUAUGUGGGAGUUUCCACGCGGCAAUGUGUUUGGUGCAACAGCUUUCACCUCCUACGGCGCUUUCUGGAUGUCAUAUGCCACUAUCUUGAUCCCCAACUCUGGCAUUCUCGCUGCGUACGACGGUCAUGAGGAUGAACUUGGUCAGGCCCUCGGCAUUUACCUGAUCACCUGGUUUGUUUUCACGUUCUUACUCAUGAUUGGGGCGCUCCGCCGCAACCUCAGCUUCGUUGCACUUCUGUUCUUCUUGUGUAUCACCUUCGUGCUCCUCGCGGUCGGCGCUUGGUCAGGCACUGUCAAUCUCACCAAGGCUGGCGGAGGCUUUGGUAUGCUGACUGCCGGGAUUGCAUACUACUGCGGUCUGUCGGAGUUGCUCGUCAAGGGCGAGAGCUGGUUUGUCCUCCCUCUUGGACAGAUCAAGCAAGGUCGCGUAGAUUGAAUGUCGGGUUGAUUGGGUACGCGUGGGAUAGAUCUGAGUCUAACACUUCUUGCUUUGCGGACGCGAUAGAGUUAUAUCACGACUAGGUCUUCUUUUCUAUUCCAAUUACCCAUCUCUAUGCAUUCCCCUUAAAAGCGGUUACAUUCAAUAUUUCCACCCCACUACCCCUUUGUCCUUGCAUACCCUGCGAUACCAUCCUCCAAUCUCACGACGCCUUUCGCACUCCUAUUCCUCACGGUCUUGAACCUGUAAACCACUCCUUUGGCUUUGGAUUCCCAUGUCUCGCGCAUUCACCAUUUCAAACCUUUUGUUACCGUAUUCAACUGAUUCGUAAUGUUGGCAAUGCGACGAUUGAACAUCUCACCGUUGUGCAAUGUGUCAUGAAUAAUGUAGAUCCGGUAAUCUGAUAUCAAACUUCCAUCAUUCGCUGAUCAUGGUACGGUGGAUGGAAGUUUGCGAAU